GGCUUUCUCUAUCAAAUGAUCAAGAAAUUGCUUUACCAGAAGUUAUUGAACAAACUGAUACUCUUAUGAUUUCAGAAGUUAUCAAUAUUACAAAUUUAUCAAUCGAAACUAACAGUCAAUUGAAA